CUAAAAAUACAACCUGGAAGGACAUGCAAAAAAGUUCCCACAUUGUAUCAGCUAAAAACCAUAAGAAAAAUCAAAACAAUGAAAAGUUCACCUAUCUCUGAGAUUCCCCUGGAAAUAUUCCCUAAACAGGAAAACCCACUUCUGGAAUCUUUGUACUUUGCAUGUAAAGCACCAACAGUGGAAAAGGAAACAACCAUGAGAUUUGUGCAUAUGCCAAGGCAGAGGGCCAAGAGGUGCAGUUUGUUGAACAGCUUGAAAUUUAGAAAAUGUACCAAAGAACCAGCAUUGCUGAGCAAGUUGUCUGCAAUGGCCAGCAAGCUCCUGGCCCCUGCCAAAAGCAGCCGUGACUUAGAACCUCUGCCAUCUUCUUCUGAAAUUCUUCCAGUGGGUGACAGGUACAGCCAAUGCAGAUCUAAAAAUCUCUUGGAAGCCUUUUCUUGCAUUAACAGGAACGUACACUCACGCUGGGCUGACAGCUGCUGCACCAAGAUGUUCAGCUUUCAGCCUUUGGCACUUUAUCCUGUAGAAACUACCAAAAUACUUUCUUCAGAUUUAAGCCACGAGCCUCCAGCCUCUUUCUUGGACACCUCAGUUUUCCCAAUUUCUUGCCACAUAAAAUUGGACUCCAGUCCUGUGACAGACCUCAGAGGGAUUGCAUCCCAGCACUCUGUACAUCACAGCCCAGUUUUCAGAGAAACUCCAACACCAGCUUCAAAGUGGACUUUGUCUUUUCUCCUUUCUCAGAGCUGUUCAGAUACAACAGCUUUCCAGGAAGAUUCCUGUGUAAAUAAUGAUCUUCCUUCCUCUCACUCCACAACAACCCCCAGGACUGUUGCUGUUCAUCCCGACCCUGGAAGAAACACUGUAGCUGGAAGAAGAGGAGGUUGUUCGAGGCUCGGCCUUCACACAGUUUUGGCACUUUCUUCCCCUGGAUGUUACAGGAUUUGGACAAGAAGAAGAAACUUAACCAGCCAUAUUCCCACCAUCCAGAGACUGUUUAUAUCCCAGCUGGCCCAGGGUUUGAAAGGGGCCAGGCUGCCGAGGUGUGUCCCCCAUGGCCUGGUGUCCUCCCUGCCGUACUCCCUGGGCAGGGUGUUGUCCAUAUGGAGUCAGCACGGUCCCGCUGUCUGUCCUUCCGAAAUCACUCCUCUCCUUUCCAGUCACUGCAAGUGGCAGCCAAGUGUGGCCAUCGAGAACAGGUAAAACCCAUCACUUUAUUUCUGAGAUUAAAUGUGUGCAGGGUAUAUUCUUGCUCCUUUUUGGGAGGGAGAGGGUGAUUGCAGCUUGCACUGGAGGGUCAGUUUCUCCUGUUCCAGAUCUACACAUUCUGCUCCAGGAAUGGCUCAGCGUGGAAGAUCCUUUCUUACAGAACAGUCUUUUAGCUGAAUUUAAAUAUAUUGCCUUCACUGCUUUAAUACUAUCCUGUUUUGGCAGAAUGGCUAACUCUAUUUUCUUCUCCCUUGCAAAAUAUACACACCAUGCAUCAGAGUAUAUAAUGCAAAAGGUGAGCUACUUCAUUAGGUCUAUUCUGAGUGACUGCAGAGGAACUGGAUUUCUGAGGUAGGAAAGUUUUUUUCAGAGGUCUGAGCCACAAAAACCCCUUGGAACCACUGUAAAAUGCUCAAUAUCAGGUCAGGAAGAAUUGUAAAGGGCGGGGGGGUGUCAUUCAGUAACAUUUUUAAUUGUAUUCCAUGACCAUUCUAUGCUAAUUGAAACCUCUUUAUGCAUGCUAUGGAUUUUCAUAUGUGACACAGGCACAAGCAAAUGUAGCUCCAGUUAAUAUUGGUAAUGAAUUUUUCUCUGUGUGUCAAUCUUGUUACAAGUGGGAAGAGGACUGAAAUCUAUUUUGCAUAUUUAAUUUUACUUUGCUAUGAGCAUUUAAGAUCAUUUUGCUAAUAAAAAGAAUGAAAGAAGUUCCUAGCUCUGUUCCAGGAUUUUUGCAUGCCCUUGAGCAAAGAUUUUGCCCUUUAUCCCUCAGUAACAUAGGGCAGAUCAGUCCCUGAUUUUGUCACCUUGCAUUUCCUGGGCAGAGACCUUCAUGAGCACUGUACCAAAGUCUGUUUAAUUAAUUGGUUUGAUUAGUGUGGCAGUCUGUGGAGAGCUGUUGAAUUUAGCCUGUGUCACAGAUUGACACAAGUGUAACCAAAAAUCUUGCCAGAUAACAAAUGCUGCAAUUUACUUUGUAUAAAUGGGUAACAUACAUAAAAGUUUAUCACUUGUUAAUAUAAAUUGUAAUGUCUGCCAAAGGUGUGAGUGAGCUUGUGAAAGCACUGCUCCAUUCUGGAGCUGUCUGCACUAAAAGAAUUAAGUAGAAUAAUGGCAUAGAGACAACUUUUGCAGCACAUUCUAUGGGACUUGCUCCCAUUUUCAUUCCAUACUCUGAAAGUGAUCAGACCAGUAAAGUACAGUUUGAGCACUAAACUUAAAAAUAACACAUUGUUAAAAACAAAACAUCUUUUUAAAACUGAGUUGUGUGUAUAAUGUGAAUUCAGUGUUUUGUGUUGCUGAGGCAUGCUCUCCUUGGACUGGGAGAUGAGAACUUUGGGUUUUCCCCAUCCCUAAGUGUGCAGGCUCCUCAGCAGCUCGGGACAACACAUCCAGUCAGCUAAUGUGUCAGAGGAUUUCAUUCCUGAUGUAAGGAGGCAUUGGAAAAGUGCUUUGCUAUGAGUGGUGAUCUUUUUCCCAAAGGGAGAGUAUUCAAAUCAAACAUCUUCAAGUGAAAAAUAAUCCAGAGUUAAAAUACCCUAAAACUCAAUUUGUUUUUUUUUCUCCAAAAUACCUUACAGCUAUGUAUAUGAGGCAGACAUAAAUCUGUCCCACUCAGCUGUUUGGUACAUAAAUAUUAGAGGUAUGUUUGGUGCAGUGUAAAAGCCUUUUCAGUUCCCACUAUGACAGAAAUUCUUGCCUGUUUUAAGAUAAUUCAAAAUCAGAAAAAUCAAAAAGUUCCCUGCAGGCCAUUUUCACCUGGAAAAGAUUUGUUCUCUUUAAAAUAUUUCACUCACAAUUUGUGUUCUCAAUAACCAGGAGAACAGGGAACGAAAGCAGUUGCCCUACCUAACUUCCACUGUCCCUUCCACUGUCAAUAAUAAAGCAUUCUUUCACUGAAGUUUUUUUCUAAUUAAUGCUUAUUUGAAUUAAAAAUUUCUAAAUUGAUUUCCUUCUGUGCUUAUAAUUUUGUAUUAUUAUUGCAUAAAACAAUAAGCUCUGUCUCUGACAGAGAGGGCUCUGCUGCACUCUGGAUACAGGUUCCAGUAACACUGGAAUGAUGAGUGGAAUGUUGAAACAAAAUGUUACAGUUCUGACAUAAGUGAUGAACACAAUAACUGGGUUUUUCUGACCUCUUUAUGUGUAGUUGGACUUCCCUGUGCUUCCAGCAAGGCUGGUUUUCAUUUCCUUUGUAGAACU